AUGAGGUGGAUUCACACCGGGAUCGAGGACAGGCAGCAGAGGGUGAUUUUGCGAAUGGAGGCCAAUGACGAGAGUCUCCGGAUGGGCGAUGGUUUUCAUUCCGUUCUCUGUAAAACCGGGUCGUCGGCUGGGAGCCGGAGGACCGAUCGCUGUCAGCGGGAACAAUUGAUCAAGUUCUCAUCGCACAAACUGAUCACAGCUGUCCUCAAAAUGGGUCAAGGUUCGAGCAGUGGAGGAGCUCCAGUGACGUCAACAUCGGGAAAGGACACGGAGCAGCAAAAACUGAAAACUCCUGUCCACAAAAUGGAUCAAGGUUCGAGCAGUGGAGGAGCUCCAGUGACGUCAACAUCAGGAAAUGACACGGGUCCGAGCUCAGUGAUCACCGAGCUCCUGGCAAGCUGGGACGAUUCCCAGCUGCUGCAGUUGACGGACUUGUACCGGGACAGGCUGGAGCAGGUGAUCGAAGGAGGGGUGCACGGAGUGAGCCUGGCGUUAACGGCCGAGAAUCAGUUCAGCGGAGAGGAACAUCGGAAAAUCUCUGAUCUCGCUGAUAAGGGAGAGCUGGCGGACAGUUCUAAACUCCUCCUGAGCCUGGUGAUGGAGAAAGGCUCCCCCGCCCGGAGGGUAAUGUGGGAAACCUUUGUGAAAAUGCGGAUUGCUGUCCCAAAGCUGGACAGAAUACUGAAGGAAUUACAGAUAUAUGGUUGUGAUCCUUCCCAUCGACCAAUUUCCGCUCAACUUUUACUAAAGGUUCUCAGUGAGCUGAAAGAUGUUCAACAGAAACACAAGGAGACUCUGCGGGCACAAACUGAAACACUGAGAGUGAACACGAUCCUGAUGAGGGAGAAGGUGAAGGUUUUCCAGCUGGUUGAUCGAUAUGCUGAGCUCACGGUCAUUUCUACUGUUCGAGAUCGGACACUGGUGGAACAUGAGCUGCUGGCAAGAGGCAGAGACCACGAGGAGUGGAGAGAGAAACAUCUCUGCGGAGAGCUGGAAAAAGUCCGGACUGAUCAGUUGUUCCAGAACAGCUUUUCCCAGAGUAAAUCCAAAUCUGGGAGUUCUGCAGCAGUGGCUGGAGUCGCGGGGAUCGGGAAAACAACAAUGGUACAAAAGAUUGUUUAUGACUGGGCCACGGGGAAAAUAUACCAACAGUUCCAAUUUGUCUUCAGUUUCAAAUUCCGGGAUUUAAACUCCAUUAACUGUCGAAUAAACCUGAAGGAACUGAUUCUGGGUCAGUAUCCUUACUUUGGGAAUAUCCUGAGAGAGGUCUGGAAGAACCCAGAGGGAUCGCUGUUUAUAUUUGAUGGUUUGGAUGAAUUCAAUGACCAAAUUAAUUUUUCUGACAGUUGGAGAGACACGGAAACUCGGUACACAUGCACAGAUCCUGAAUUCAAGUGCAAGGUGUCUGACAUUGUGUACGGUUUAAUCCAGCACAAGCUGCUCCCAGGGUGUUCAGUGCUGGUGACCACCCGUCCCGCUGCGUUACAUUUAUUGGAAAAGGCUGAGAUCAGUACCGAAGCUGAAAUCCUGGGAUUUUCUGGUGAGGAACGGAAGGAAUAUUUUAUCAGACAUUUCGAAGAUCAGAUGGUGGCAGAAGCUGUUUUCAAACACGUGAAGGAGAACGAGAUCCUGUACACCAUGAGCUACAACCCCUCCUACUGCUGGAUCCUCGCUCUGGCACUGGGCCCCUUCUUCACACAAAUCGACAGGGACCAGCAGCGAGUUCCCAAGACCAUCACCCAACUGUACUCCUACUAUAUUUGCAAUAUCCUGAAAAACCACGGCCGUGAGAUUGAGAACCCCCGUGAAGUUUUACUCAGGGUUGGUCAGAUGGCCUACAGAGGAGUGUCCGAGAGGAAGAUUGUGUUUACAGGUGGAGAUUUGAUCAACUACAAUCUGCAGCCUUCCCAGUUCCUGUCCGGGUUCCUGAUGGAGCUUUUGGAGAGAGAGGAUUCUGCCCGGAGCGUGGUGUACACAUUCCCACACCUCAACAUCCAAGAGUUUGUAGCUGCAGUCGCACAAUUCCUGAUGCCAGAUGGCAGAGAUAUUAUGAAACUCCUCACUGAAGCCCACUGCGUGAAGGAUGGACGGUUUGAGGUAUUUCUCCGUUUUGUUGCUGGUCUCUCCUCCCCAAUGACAACUCGGGGCCUGGAGGAGUUUCUUGGUCCAUUUCCUCAUCAAACAACCUGCCAGGUGAUUGACUGGGUGAAGGAGGAGGUUAAACGCCGGAGUGGAAACACAGAGAGUGAAGCUGGUAAAAGGAGCCUCCUGAACACAUUGCACUACCUGUUUGAGUCUCAGAAUAGUGGCCUGGCUCAGGCCGCACUGGGAUCUGCGGAAACACUUUCAUUCAGUGGAAUGACACUGACCCCGAUUGACUGCGCGGUCCUGUCUCAUGUCAUCGGACUCUGUGAUACAAUAAAACACCUCGACCUGGAGAACUGCCACAUUCAGUGUGAAGGAAUCCAACGGCUGGGACCCGGGCUGCACAAGUGCCAGGAGUUGAGACUUGGGCAGAAUGAACUGGGAGAUACAGGAGUGAAACUGGUGUCUGCGGCUCUGAGGAACCCGGAGUGUAAAAUACAGAAACUGUGGCUGAACCGUGUCGGUCUCACAGAUUCUGGUGCCGAGGAUCUCGUCUCCGCUCUCAGUACAAACCCAUCACUGAUGGAGCUGUACCUGAGUAAUAAUAAACUGGGAGAUUCAGGAGUGAAACUGGUGUCUGAGGCUCUGAGGAUCCCAGAGUGUAAAAUACAGAAACUGGGGCUGAACCGUGUCGGUCUCACAGAUUCUGGUGCCGAGGAUCUCGUCUCCGCUCUCAGUACAAACCCAUCACUGACGGAGCUGUACCUGAGUAAUAAUAAACUGGGAGAUUCAGGAGUGAAACUGGUGUCUGAGGCUCUGAGGAUCCCAGAGUGUAAAAUACAGAAACUGGGGCUGAACAAUGUCGGUCUCACAGAUUCUGGGGCCGAGGAUCUCGCCUCCGCUCUCAGUACAAACCCAUCACUGACUUGGCUGGGCCUGGGUGAAAACUCGCUGAUAGACCUAUCUGUCCCCGGUCUCCGCCGCCUCAUACUGACCCUCCCGAGUCUGGAGUGGAUCUGGCUGUGGGGGAAUCGGUUCAGUGAGACCGGGAGGAAGGAACUGGAGUCUCUGGAGGAAAUCAGACCCGGACUGAGAGUGAUCCUGUGAACAUCUGAAUGUGUGAACAUCCCCGCCCGAGGGGAAUCGGAUCAGUGAGACCGGGAGGAAGGAAUUGAGAUCUCUGGAGGAACCCAGACCCGGACUGAGUGUGAACAUCCCCGCCCGCGGUAUGGGGACAUUUGGCCGACUCCCCGCCCUCCCCCUUAACUCCCGCCCUUACCUUUAACGGCCGCGUGCCGGGGCUGAUUCCCAACGGUUUUAACGGAACCAGCUCGGGCCUCGCGUUGUGUGCGUCGCUCGGAACGGUCCCGCAGUGACUUGUUUCCGACUGUUGUCCGGCGUGGCAGCUUCCGCCGGAAGUGCGUGUUCGAGACACUCCCACGUGACACCCCGGGGAAUUACCCGGACAGGAAGAGCCCGGGGUCCGGGGCUCAGUCUGGGACACCGGUGUC